AUGACAGCAACAUUAAACAACUCAAUAUUAGCUGAACUUUAUGGUGAUAUCACUACAGCCACCACAUUCAAUCUUUCAAAUAAAGGUUAUGAAAAUAUUGAGGAUUUAAGUAGUUGUAUAGAUUUGAAAAAGAUAGAUCUUUCAAAAAAUGAAUUAACAUCAAUAGUUGGUUUAAAAGAUAAUUUAUCAUUAGAAUGGAUAAAUUUAUCAGGUAAUAAAUUAGAAAGAAUGAAUGAUUUAAAAUUAUUAUCAAAAUUAAAAGUUUUAAAUAUUUCGCAUAAUAAAUUAAAAAGAAUUGAAGGUUUAAUGAAAUUGGGGGAUUUAAAAGCAUUAGUUUUAAAUAAUAAUGAAAUUACAAAAAUUGAAAAUAUGGAAUAUGUGCCACAUUUAAAUACAUUAGUUUUAUCAAAGAAUCAACUUGAAGAUAUAUCAGGUUUAAGAUUUUUAAAAGAAUUAACAAAACUAUCACUAACAAAUAAUAAUAUUAAGCAUAUUCCUGAUAUUAGUCAAAAUGUUUUAUUAAAAGAAAUUAAAUUAUCACAUAAUAAAAUAUUUUCAAUCGAUCCAAAAUUUUCAAAUCUACAUAAUUUAUUCAUUUUGGAUUUAUCAAAUAAUUUAUUAAAAACCUAUAGUGAUAUUCAAGUAUUAAGUAGUUUAAAGAAUUUGAAAACAUUAAGUCUAAUUGGUAAUCCAAUAGCAGCUUUAGAGGAUUAUAAAGAAAAGAUUAGAGAAAUGUUUCCAAAUUUAGAUAAUUUAGAUGGUAAACCAUUUUCAGAAAAAUCUGUAAAAAGAUUAACUAAAAAGAAAGAAAACUCUGAAAAAAGAGAAAUGAUCGAAAAAGAUAAAGAAAGAAAAUUAAUUAGAAAAGAAAAUGAAGAAAAAGGUAUUCCAAAUAAACCAAGAAAAACAUUUAAUAAAAUUGAUAAUAAUUUAGAAUCAUCAGAAAGAAAAAAAAGAACAGAUAGACCAGAUAGACCAGAAAGAACAGAUAGACCAGAAAGAAAAGAGAGAACAGAUAGACCAGAGAGAACAGAUAGAAUAGAAAGAAUAGAGAGAAAACAACCAUUUGAAAGAAAAGAGAGAUCAGAUAAACCAGAGAGAGCAGAUAGACCAGAAAGAUCAAAUGAAAGAAAACAAUUUAAUAAAGAAAUUUCAGAAAGAAAUGAAAGACCAAAAACUUUUGAUAAAAAGAAUCAAAAUAGAAAUCAGGAUAUUAUAGAUAAAUCAAAUAAAAGAAAAUAUGAAAAUUAUCAAGAUGAAGACAAUGAAAAUCAAGCUGACAAUGAAGAUAGACCAGAAGAAGUAUCAACUUCAAAACCAAAAGAUUUUAGAGAUUCAAUUAAAACUAAAAAUUCAAAAGUAAAAGGAGGCGAUAAAAGACAAAGAACCGCCACCACUACUUCUACUAUCAUACCUACUUCAACUUUCAAUAAUUCAACUGUAUCAAAACAAGCAGAAACACCAAAGAAAGGUUUUUCACUUAUGGACCAUUAUAAAAAAGAAGCUGAAAAUGAUUUCUCUGAUGAUGAUAUGAAAAUUGUUGGUGAAAAUCCAAUUUCUUUAUCUGAAUUACUUGACUCAAAUAAAAAUAAAGAUAAUAAUAAUGAAAAGAAAACAAAUAACAAAGAUAAAAAAGAUAAUAACAACAAUAAAAAUAAAAAUAAUAAUGAAAAUAAUAAUAAAUCAAUCAACAAAAAAGAAAAUCAAGAAAAAUCAAAAACACCAACACCAAAAUCAAAAGAACCACAAACAAAAGAGGAAGUAAAGAAAACACCAAAUAAAAAAUCAACACCAACAUCCAAAGAAUCAACAACAACAACAACUGUACCACAAAAACAACAAACAAAAGUUCAAAAAAGUGAAACUGAUGAUAUUUUCGCAUUUGAUAAUGAUGACAAUGAUGAUAAUCAAGUUAGUAAAUCAGUUCAAAGAAAGCCAGAUUAUAUUGUAAGACCCGGUUUAACAAAUAAACAAUUAAUGAGUAAUUUGAAUUUCACUGUCAGUGAAGUUAAAUCUGAAAAAUCAAAAGCUUUUGAUAUAAAGAAAUUACAGAAUCCAGAAUCUGCCUUUUCUUGGGAUUAA